ACUGCUGAAAGAAGAUUCCUGAGUUGCGUCUUCCUUGCGGGCAAGGGGUCGCGACAAGUGGUGCCAAGACCGGGGAACCAGAACUUUCAGCAGUCAGGGGUGGUGCACCGGUUAGUCCCAGGAGAUGGCUCAUGGAAGAGAGGAGACAAACACGACUUUGAGGCUAAGCAAGCAUACUCAUCCCUCCAAACAGUCACUCUACUGAGGACCGUGAAACCUGAGUUUGAGAAGUUUUCUAUGGAGGUGAAAAGUUCUGUUGAGAAACAAGGGCUCAAUGAGGAGGAUUACGUGAACAUGUUCGUUGAAGGAUUCCAUGAUGCCAUCCUCCUCUAUGUCCUGGCUUUACAUGAAGUACUCAGAGCUGGUUAUAGCAAGAAGGAUGGUGGGAAGAUUAUCCAGCAGACCUGGAACAGAACAUUUGAAGGUAUUGCUGGGCAGGUCUCCAUAGAUGCCAAUGGAGAUCGGUACGGGGACUUCUCUGUGAUUGCCAUGACGGACGUUGAAGCAGGGACCCAGGAGGUUAUUGGCGACUACUUUGGAAAAGAGGGUCGUUUUGAAAUGCGUCCUAAUGUUAAAUAUCCUUGGGGCCCUUUGAAACUGCGAAUAGAUGAAACCAGAACUGUGGAGCAUAGCAACGGCCCUCCUUGCAAAUCGUGUGGCCUAGAAGAAUCAGCAGUGACGGGAAUUGUUGUGGGGGCCCUUCUUGGAGCUGGUUUGCUAAUGGCCUUCUACUUUUUCAGGAAGAAAUACAGAAUAACCAUUGAGAGGCGAAACCAGCAAGAAGAAAGUAACAUUGGAAAACAUCGAGAGUUGCGGGAAGAUUCCAUCAGAUCCCAUUUUUCAGUGGCUUAAAAGAAGCCUUCCUCCCCGCCCACCCCCUCUGCUUGAGAUUCUUAAGCUGGGAUGAAAGACAUCCAUGGAACAGAAGGGGUGUUCUUGAAGAAUUCAUUCUUUUAAGCAGUUAGUCAUUUUGUCUUAAAAUUUCUUUAGAAGCUCAGGAACUAUUAUUAAUCACCAUUGGCCUCCUAGCCUUUCAUCUCAUGACAAAGAAAUAUAAGGAUAUAACGUCACUCUGUUAAAUGUUCAUACUGCUUGGAGGGCAUAGAAUUAGACUUGUGUUUUUACAACCUGCUGUCUCCAUAUCUGGAUGGUUUCUGGGGACAUUUCACACAAGGAUAUAAAAAUGUGGUUUUCUUAAAUGAACUGUUUUGUAGCUAGAAUAAAAACAUUUUUAUAAGUAGAAUAUUCUUGGAAAGAAUUUAACACCCAAUGAGAGGAAACUGUAAUGAAAAAAAAAUUCGAGGUUGGAAAUACAGUGUCCGUCUCUCUGGAGCUGGAGGACAGGUUGUGGUGGAGCAGGGCUCUGUCUAACGUCUACAUUCAGGUCUGACUUCAUAUCUCGAGAAAGGAUCCUCCCUGUCUCUCUCAGUGUCUCAUAAAAGCUACUCUGGAAAGUUGUAAAUAUUAGUGAGGUAGGAGGGUUUUUACAAGAAAAGCAAGUCUGAAAUGUUUCUUUCUUUUUUAUGUAAAAAAACCUAUUUCACACUAACAUUUUAUUUUUAAGUAUUUUAAUCUUAUAUUUUGGUAUUAGAAAAAUGUGUCUAUUUUUUCAUUUUGAAGAUUAAAUUUCACUUAUAUUUAAAAAAAAA